AUGUCUGCAUCUGUGAUCGCACAAAAUUCCAAAGACGAGGAGGAGAUCCCUCCACCCCAGCGCCAGCCUUCCCCCCCUCCACACACCUCCUUCGCAGCUCGCGGCGUCCACACCACAACGUUCUCCGCAUUUCGUCCGCGAGACGUCCGCGUCACGUCGCCCCAGGCCAUGACCCACGUCGCGUGGAGCUGCGACGGGAAGAAGCUGGCCGCCGUAGGAAUCGACAAGAUCGUGCGCGUCUUUCAACCGGAGAAAAGCGCAAGUCCUCCCCACGGUCUUCGUGAUAUGGAGAUGCGUUCCGCUGCUCUGUUCUCAGGCGCACACUCAGACGACGUCGACUAUGUGUCGUACAACCCAACGCACCCCGAGCUCUUCUGUUCCUCCAGCCAGAAGGACCGUCGAAUAGUGUUCUGGGACGCCCGCCAGUCUCGACAUGUCCAACAGUGCACCGUGAAAGUAUCUCCGGUCCAGACAAACUACUCGCCCGAUGGCAAGUCGCUACUCUACGUCUCGGCGGGCCACCAGGUCUUCUUCAUGACAUAUGGCAAGCAGGGCGACGACGCCAAAGAUCAGUGGGCAAGCUCUGAGAAAGAAGGGAUCACGGCUUCCACAGCGAUGUUCAACCACACCGGAGACGGCAUCAUCCUCACUCACAACUCAGAACACUCGUUGCGAGUAAUGGACUUUCCCUCGCUCUCCCUCUACGAGAGCCCAGCAGCGCACGUCGGCGGCUGCGUAGCAGCCGCUCUCGACCCACGCGGGCGGUACCUCGCGUCCGGGGGCCACGACUCCAUCGUGAACAUGUUCGAUCUAUCAGAGUGGAUCUGCGCGCGCACCAUCACCAGCUGCGAGAACGGCAUCACGGCGCUCAGCUUCUCGCACGACGGCGAAUACAUCGCGAUCGCGAACACGGGGCCAUACAUCGACAUCUGCGCGACAGAGACCAGUGCACCAUUGCACAGGGUCCCCGCCCUUGCAUCGUCGCCGACCGUCACCUGGCAUCCCUCAAAAUACGUCAUAGCAUACUGCGGUCAGACCAAGCAACGAGAGGGGGGUCCGCUUCCAGUCGCAGUCAUCAGUCUUUUUGGUCCCGGGAUGUAGCACCAUCACGCCUUACUCGCAAUAUAUCACUGUGUAUCUUAGCUCUGUUGUGAAGGCUAUCGACAUAUCGCAGCAG